AUGUUUGACCCCCCUCUACCAUGCACUGUGGCCGAUGAGGACGUAUUCGGUCCAUUCGUCAACGCCUCGUGCCACCAUGGAUUUGACUUUACCCUGCGUUUUGAAGAAACGAUCUUGACAAUCCUUCCACUAUCAAUUCUUCUUCUUUCAGGUGUAUUACGCAUUCGGAGCCUUAGUUGCGCCUCCGAUAAGGUCAAUCGAUCAUGGCUUUACGCGGCAAAGGAGACGGCCUUGGCCAUACAAAUAGCUCUCCAACUCAUCCUCCUGGCUCUCUGGAGCAAGCCUUCAAUUCCCAGUACGAGAAUGACUAUUCCAACCGCUGUUGCGAGCUUAGCUGCUUCCAUACUCUUGGUCUACCUGUCUCACCUGGAGCAUCUUCGUUCCUUGCGCCCAUCAACAGUCAUAUGCCUCUUUGUAGGGUCGACUCUAAUCUUUGAUCUUGCUCGCGUUCGAACACUCAAUUUUAUGCCCAACAACCGCCCGGUGACAAUUUUGUUUGCCGUAGGCUGGCUUGGUAAGGCGAUUAUUCUUGUGCUUGAGUCUACGGAAAAGCGAUCACUGUUGAAGAAACCCUACGAGGGCUGCUCACUAGAGUCAACUGCUAGCACUUUCAACCGUGCUCUUCUUUGGUGGCUAAAUGGACUGCUUUGGAAGGGGUCUAAAACUACUCUCACGGUGGACAGCCUUCCGGCACUAGACGAUGGUCUCAAGACAGCUUCAAAUCCAGAGGAGCUAAUCGAGAAAUGGAACGAAGCUGAUAAGUAUCGACCCAAUGCAUUGCUUUGGACCUUGGUUUCGCAUUACAUGUGGGAUAUCAUGGAGGCUGUUUUGCCUCGACUCGCAUUCCUUGGCUUGAGCUUCGCCCAACCAUUUUUGGUCGAGCGAGUGCUGGGCUUUAUGACAGAACCCGAACAUGUCAACUCGACGAACUACGCUCGUGGUCUUGUUGCGGCCUAUGCAUUGGUCUACAUCGGCCUUGCCACAUCAUUUACCGUAUACCAGCACAAAACAUGCCGUCUCGUUACCAUGGUUAGGGGAAGCUUGAUCACCCUCAUCUUCAACAAGACACUCGUUAUGAGUACCUCGGCUGUGACCGAUGCCAGUGCAGUCACUUUGAUGAGUACCGAUAUUGAGCGUAUUGGGAGCGGCAUCAGACAGAUCCCCGAUCUCUACUCCAGUCCUAUUGAAGUUGGUCUGGCGCUGUGGCUGCUGGCCCGACUGCUCAAUCUUGCAACUGUCGCCUCCACACUAGUUGUCAUCAUCUGUCUCAUUAUUGGAAUCCCACUGGCGAUUGCAUCUGGUAAGGCUCAGGGAACAUGGCUUGAAGCUGUGGAGGAACGUGUUGCAGUGACCUCAAAGGUUCUUGGGGUCAUGAAAAGUAUCAAAAUGACAGGUCUCACGGAGGUCAUCUCAAACAACAUCCGCGGGUUGCGGUCGCAAGAGAUUAAAGCAUCGUUUACUUUCCGGCUAUACACCUGUCUUAUCAUCACCUUCUCUUUCGCUUCUUCGGCACUUGCGCCUGUCUUUGGCUUUGGUGUUUAUAUUAUCAUGGCUCAAGCACAGGAUUCGGGCACGCUGACAAACAGUAUGGCAUUCUCAGCCUUGACUCUCUUCUUCCUCCUUGAUCAGCCGAUGAUCUCUUUUGUCGACGCAUCAGAAGACAUUAUGGCAGUCGUCAAUUGCUUCCAGAGAAUUCAAAAGCACUUACUCGACACUGAGCGUCAAGACUGUCGCGUGACUCACGGCCCCGAGACUCCGAGAUUGAUCGAUGUCGACCCGGUUGAAUGGCAAGAUGAUUAUGGAUUAUCCUGUGCCGUUGCGCGGGAUUUGUCUGCCGCAUGGUCGGUCGACGACGAGCCAGUACUUAACAAGUUGAACUUUGAGAUUACAACUGGCCUCAUCACCAUGAUCGUGGGCCCCGUCGGCUGCGGAAAGUCAACAUUGCUGAGGGUUUUACUUGGGGAGGUCCCAGAAGUUUCAGGAACCAUCUCCACCACCUUCAAGAACGCCGCUUAUUGCAGCCAGUCGCCGUGGAUUAUCUUUGGAACAGUCCGACAAAAUAUUGUUGGUGCAUCUCAAUGGGAUCAAAAAUGGUAUGAUACCGUCAUCCAGGCAUGUUCCCUUCAGGCGGACCUUCAGCAACUGCCAAGUGGAGAUCAAACCAAAGUCGGUGUUCGUGGGUCUCGAUUGAGUGGUGGUCAGCAAAUGCGGGUGGCUUUGGCGCGAGCUCUCUACUCUAGAGAGCCUGUUCUCGUACUUGACGAUGUACUGACCGGUCUUGAUCGAGAAACUGAAAGAGCAAUCCUAGAGGUGGUUUUCUCAUCGGAGGGUCUGAUCAGGAAGAACGGGCAAACGGUCAUUCUAGCGACGAACUCAGCUCACCAUCUUCCCUAUGCCGAUUUUGUUAUCUCUCUAAAUGAGAGUGGCCAUGUUAUCGAGCUAGACACAUACGAGGCUCUCGUAGCCAGGGACGGCUACGUCAGCAUGCUUACUAGCAAAGCCUCCACCGUGGUCACUACUAGAGCGCCCGACUUAGUCCUCGAUGAUGAGACGUUACAAGGCCUUAAUCUCGAAAAAGACGAUGACAUUGACAGCACUAGCCGCAGCACGAGCGACUUGACGGUGUAUCUGUAUUACUUCCAAGCCAUCGGAUGGCCCCUUAUGGCUGUAUUCUUUGCGUGUGCCUGUUUGUUCACCUUUGGAAUUAUAUUUCCACAAAUUUGGUUGCAAUGGUGGACUGUCGCGAACGAGACGAGGCCAAAUGAGAAUAUUGGUUAUUGGCUGGGCGUCUAUGGUGCUAUGGGCUUCCUGAUACUCUUCUCUGCGUUCAUUGCAAAUUGGGUCUUUAGCAUGAUCAUCGUGCCGAAAACUGCCCGCCAUUUCCACGAAAUUCUUCUGGGAACAACUAUGAGUGCAACCACUUCAUUCGUCACUUCAACUGAUAUCGGAACCACCACAAACAGAUUCAGCCAAGACUUGGAAUUAAUCGAUGAAGAACUUCCCGAGGCAUUUGAGCUUACAGUCUAUGCAGUUCUUGCCUUUCUCACCGAGGGCUUCUUAGUUUUUGUCGGGUCAUCAUACGUGACAUCAGCAGUGCUGCCAUUUGUCGUCAUUGUGGUUUAUUUCGUGGGCACAUACUACGUCCGCACAUCUCGUCAAGUCCGCUUACUAGAUAUCGAAGCCAAAGCGCCGCUUUUUUCUCAAUUCCUAGAAGCGAUGAGCGGUCUUCCGAGCAUUCGCGCCUAUGGAUGGUCCGAACAUUAUCAACGCCAAGAACAGAUUGCUCUGGAGGCUUCUCAAAGACCUUUCUACACGCUUUACUGCAUUCAGCGCUGGUUGAGCGUUGUACUUGAUCUGGUCAUUGCAGGGAUCUCCGUCGUUGUGGUUGCGAUUGCACUCUCUAUGAAAGGAAGUCCCUCGUUGAAUCUGCUUGGCAUUGCGCUGUUUAAUAUCGUUGGUUUCAGUGGGACCCUACAAACCUUGGUUAUCGAGUGGAUUGAUCUAGAAACUUCCAUUGGGGCUGUUUCUCGAAUCCGUUCAUAUGUGCAAGAAGCUAAGACUGAGGACCUCGAUACUGAGAUUGAGGUUGUUCCAACAUUUUGGCCAGAGAAGGGCAAUGUCCAGAUUUCUGGAGUAUCGGCUUCAUAUGAUUCAUCUUCAGAGCCCGUUCUUCAAGGUAUUGAUCUUACCAUCCACGCUGGCGAAAAGAUUGCCCUGUGCGGCAGAACUGGCAGUGGUAAAUCGUCGCUCAUUUCAACAAUUUUGCGACUUCUCGAUCUUAAUAACGGUUCAAUACACAUUGACGGGGUAGACAUCUCUCGAGUAUCUCGCUCUCAUGUACGCUCUCGCCUCAACACAAUUCCGCAGCAGGCUUUCUUCCUCCACGGGACCAUUCGACUUAACGCCAACCCCGAAGGAAAUGCACCCGAUGAUGUGAUUAUCGAAGCGCUCCGAGCGGUGAAUCUAUGGUCAUAUCUUGAUUCCAAAGGAGGCUUAGACGCAGACAUGUCUGAGGACAUUCUUUCCCACGGCCAGCAGCAGCUUUUCUGUCUGGCGCGAGCUCUAUGCAAACCCAGUACUAUUCUCAUCAUGGAUGAGGCCACGAGCAGUGUGGACUCGGAGACCGACACUCUCAUGCAGAACAUUAUUCGCACGCAUUUCAAAGAUCAGACUAUCAUUGCCAUUGCCCACAAGUUAGACACCAUUCUAGACUACGACAAAAUUGCAUUCAUGGAUCACGGCCGGAUUGUUGAAUUUGAUACACCAAAGUCGCUCUUGUUACGGGAGGGAUCUGCGUUUAAAGCCAUGUUUGAUACAUUUCGCCGUCGACCCGAGUGA